AUCACGCUACAAAAUGUUAGUCGCGUGGGUUUUUACAAUCCUGUUGAACUUCGGGCAGAGUCAGAACAUAUUACCACCAGAGGCUGAAGAUAACCAAGAAUUACAUCAAUGUGUAACCAGUAUACUAGACAGAUACUUUAACGAAAGCAUAGAGCUAACAUACGUUAACAUGGAAAGUGAUAAUGAGGAUCUUUUGCAAACAGUUUAUAAAUCACAGAAGUUCUCACUUGUUACAAGAAAUUCAACGUACCAGUCAGUCUUACCUAACUACGGAUAUUUGAUAAUAACGAGAAAUGUGAACACCUUCAAAGAAUACUUUAAGUAUCUGCAAACUGAUACAACAUGGAACCCGUAUGCACGGUUCUUGAUUAUUAUUCAAACGCUAGUAGACGAAGAGAUUAAAAGUGUCUUCGAUAUUCUGUUGAGGAAACAUGUCAACAAUGUGAUAGUUAUGAAUGGAACUACAGAUGCUCAUCUCUUCGCCUACAAUCCUUUCGAUAACUACGCCUGCGGCAAAUACUAUACUGACAUCAUAGACUACGGGCCUUGUAAAGAAAACACAAACAACUUUUACCCAAACAAACUAGUGACUGGCCUCAAAAAUUGCACCUUCAGAGCGGCUAUCGUACAUCGACCACCCUUCACCGUUAAUCCCUUAAAAGCUCCGAAGAUAAUACUAGGUACAGAAGAAUACAUACUUAAAGCACUAGCUGAACUAGAGCACUUUGAAGUAAAAUUUAACUACAGUGUUAAUCCGGCGGUAUUUUCCUCAGCGUUUCCUAACAUGACUGCUUUCGGUCCAAUGGAAAUGUUGCAGAACAAUGAAACUGACGUCAUAUUUGGAGGUAACAUGAUGGUAUUGACGAGAGGUCAGGCCUUUUCGUUCCUCAGCGGCUAUCAUGAUUAUAAUGACGAGCUGCGAUUUGUAGUUAAAAGGGCGUCUCUGGUCCCUUUAUGGAAAACUGUGUACAUAGAAUUUGAUACGACGGUGUGGAUGUUAAUACUUCUAGCGCUUGUCGUUUACUCCUUCAUGGUAAUAUAUCUUCUUCAGACGAAAGACAAGGGCUUUGUCUUCAUGGAGUUACUGGACAACUUACUAACACACAGUCGCGACAUUCGUUGUUCCAUGACAAUCAAGUGCAUCCUGAUGAUAUGGGUGAUGUUCGCUUAUUUGAUCAACACGUGUUACCAGUCCAGUCUCUUCAGUCUUACGACGAACCCGAGUAAGGAGCACCAGGUUGCAAGUGAAGAAGAUAUCAUACAAUAUAAGUACAAACCUUGCUUCAGUGUAGCUUUAAAGACAUUCUUAUCGUUAGAGAUAACUGAAGGGAUGCUGUCCACACGUUCUUCACCCGCAGAUAUAGAUCAAAAUGCUUGCAGCACCACGAUACAAGCCAUAACCACUGUCAGUAAAACAAAAGGAGUUUUUUCUCUCAUACCAAAUUACAUCUAUUUGUACAACAAGCCAAGUUUUAACGACAAAUUCGGUAAUCCUUUAAUUUAUUAUUUCGACAAACCUUUUGCAAAAUUCUUGUAUUGUUUCUAUUUUUAUAAAGGGUUUCCGAUCUCCAAUCGGAUGAGAAUGAACGCGAUACGAAUGAGGGAGAAUGGUUUGGCAGACAAGAGUAUGAAGGAUCACUUCUUCAAACGAGCGCUGAAGCAAAGAUUCUCUCAACAGGAAUUUGAGACACGCUUUGUUUUACCAUGGGGUUUGUACAUAAUCGGUUGUACCAUUUCUAUUAUAACCUUCUUGGUUGAGUAUAUGUCGCAAAGUCAACUGAAAAUGCAGGAACACCAUGUACCUUGAACGGCGAUAAUAUUAACAACCAUUACAUAACAGAUUGGCAUUAAUAUGAUACUGGUUGGUAUAUAACUUAUCUGAGUAACUUUACCGCUAACACUUGUUGGAAAACAUGAACCAAGCAAAACUAUCUCACUUGAGUGUAUUAAGGUGUUUUUUUUUUUAUUUUGAAUACAGUACCUACAAUUUUGAAGAUAGUAAAUAAUUAUCAUAAUGUAUAAUUACCACUAUUUGAUUCCUAAACAUUAAAAAGCCUUGGUGGCUGAUCCUAUUACUAAUUUUAGACACAGUAUACUUACCACACUCACCGAAAAACUAGAGAGUACCUACCUAUUUGAAGAGUGACUCAUUAACUACAUAUAGGUAAUUA